AUGAGCGCAAAGUUAGCGGACGAGGUUCCUGCGUCUCUCAGGGUCGUGGGCAGUUUAGUGAAUAAAGAUGUUUACGUGGCGGAGGGAGAGUUGACCUCACACAGCUCCGUGGUUUUUAAAGAGGAGGUCGAGGAGCAUGAUGGGGAACCUGGUGAUGAUGAAGGCGUCCACUCUGUUUCUAACUGUGUUUUCCCACCUGUCUCAGGUGAUCUUCUGCUGGACGACAGUAGCGCACCUGAGCUGCAUCUCCACGGGGACUUGGCGCAGUACGUGGCAACUUUACGCACGCACCCAGUGGCGUUUUCUGGGAAGUUCUCGGUGGAGUCCAGAGGCGCAGGAGGACCGUGGACACCGGAGGACGUCAUCAACGUGGUCUGCGCUGACAUCGUCUCCCCUGACCCGACCACCGUGCCCGGGUCGACUCCAGCAUCUCCCGAUAUUUACGCAGGAGGAGGGGGAGAGGCCGCAGACAUGGCGCACGGUCAGCCGGACAUCAGCCACAUGUACGCGCCCCCUCACCCUCACUCUCACCCACAUUCACACCCACACCCCCACCCUCACCCUCACCCCCAUCCGGCUCCUUCCUACUCGUGCAGCGCAGACAUGUACCCAGACCAGCCCUCAGGUGGAUACUACCACGCGCCUCCGUCCUACAACUCGGCGCCCAAACCGACAGUUGACGGCGCUGCGCUGCUCUCCAUCAUGCCGGAGUACGGAGGUUUCUACCAGCAGAGCUGCCAGAGAGACAUCCAGGCGGCUUUCCCCGAGAGGAAAUCCCUCCCGUAUCCGCUGGACUCUCUCAGGAUGCCUCCGCCUCUCACGCCUCUCAACACCAUCAGGAACUUUACGCUCGGUGCGCCCUCACCGGCCUCCGAUGGUCCAAUGGCCGCCGCCUUCCCCAGCCACCAGAACCUCCCUCUGAGGCCGAUCAUGAGACCCAGAAAAUACCCGAACCGGCCCAGCAAGACGCCGGUGCACCAGAGGCCGUACCCGUGUCCGGCGGAGAGCUGCGACCGCAGGUUCUCUCGGUCGGACGAGCUGAGCCGGCACCUGCGCAUCCACACGGGCCACAAACCCUUCCAGUGCCGCAUCUGCAUGCGCAACUUCAGCCGCAGCGACCACCUCACCACGCACAUCCGCACGCACACCGGAGAGAAACCCUUCUCCUGUGACCAGUGCGGGAGGAAGUUCGCCCGGAGCGACGAGAGGAGACGACACAUGAAGAUUCACCUGCGGCAGAAAGAGAAGAAAACCUCUGCGUCCUAAUCUCUGGUCCUCGGGUCCUCUGGUCCUCUUGUCCUCUGGUCCUCGGGUCCUCUUGUCCUCUGGUCCUGCUUCAGGAAAACUUUCUGUCUGAGCCACAUCUGGUCUGAACACAAACUUUAACAGGUGGUUUAUUGUUCUCAGGAGAAAGUUGUUUGAAAUCAUAACCUCGGAAAUCAGGGAGAAUCAGACAGAAGUCAUUAUUUAUCAGAGUGAUGCAGAACCUGGAUUUUCCUCCACAGUCCAAACUGAACAUUUGUGGCUUAAAUUCAGUGAAAUCUAGAUUUUGAAAGACAGGUGGUGCCAGGACUCUGUGGCAAGGCAUCAUGCUGACUAUGCUUCAUGCUCUCAGGGAUUCAACCACACUUCGGACCAAGAUCCUGCAGAUGAGUGUGAUUCAGGAGGAUUUUCACUUCGACUCCAUAAAUAAAAAACACCAGGGUUUCACUUAAAAACUGUCAAUUCUAAUUUAAUUGAAACCAACCAUCCUCUCUGUUAAGAUUGAAUGAAUAUGAACUUUUUAGAUAAAGAUAAGCAGUAUUUUCUACUGUUGUGAGAAUAAAGACCUAAAGUCAUUAAUGUUUUAAACUGUUGUUCUUUGCCCAAAUGCCCCUGU